GGGAACGGGAAACUCCGCCAGUGGCUGAUCGACCAGAUCGACAGCGGCAAGUACCCGGGGCUGGUGUGGGAGAACGAGGAGAAGAGCAUCUUCCGCAUCCCCUGGAAGCACGCGGGCAAGCAGGACUACAACCGCGAGGAGGACGCCGCGCUCUUCAAGGCUUGGGCACUAUUUAAAGGAAAGUUCCGGGAAGGCAUCGAUAAGCCGGACCCUCCCACCUGGAAGACACGUUUACGAUGUGCUCUGAACAAGAGCAAUGACUUUGAGGAGCUGGUUGAGAGGAGCCAGCUGGACAUCUCAGACCCUUACAAGGUGUACAGGAUCGUUCCUGAGGGAGCCAAGAAAGGAGCAAAGCAGCUUACUCUGGAGGACCCACAGAUGACCAUGAGCCACCCCUUCACCAUGACGGGCCCUUACGCCUCACUCCCAGCCCAGGUUCACAACUACAUGAUGCCACCCCACGACAGAAGCUGGAGGGAUUAUGUUCCCGACCAGCCACACCCGGAAAUCCCGUACCAAUGUCCUGUGACCUUCGGACCCCGCAGCCACCACUGGCAAGGCCCAGCUUGUGAGAAUGGUUGCCAGGUAACAGGAACCUUUUAUGCUUGUGCCCCACCCGAGUCCCAGGCUCCUGGAAUCCCCAUAGAGCCAAGCAUAAGGUCUGCCGAAGCCCUGGCGCUCUCAGACUGCCGGCUGCACAUCUGCCUGUACUACCGGGAGAUCCUGGUGAAGGAGGUGACCACAUCCAGCCCCGAGGGCUGCCGGAUCUCCCACGGACACACCUACGAUGCCAGCAACCUGGACCAGGUCCUGUUUCCCUACCCAGAGGACAAUGGCCAGAGGAAAAACAUUGAGAAGCUGCUGAGCCACCUGGAGAGGGGCGUGGUCCUCUGGAUGGCCCCCGAUGGGCUUUAUGCCAAAAGACUGUGCCAGAGCAGGAUCUACUGGGAUGGGCCCCUGGCACUGUGCAGCGACCGGCCCAACAAACUGGAGAGAGACCAGACCUGCAAGCUCUUUGACACGCAGCAGUUUUUAUCAGAGCUGCAAGCGUUUGCUCACCACAGCCGUCCCCUGCCGAGGUUCCAGGUGACUCUGUGCUUCGGAGAGGAGUUUCCAGACCCGCAGAGGCAGAGGAAGCUCAUCACAGCUCAUGUGGAACCUCUGCUAGCCAGACAACUAUAUUAUUUUGCUCAGCAAAACAGUGGACAUUUCCUGCGGGGCUACGAUUUACCCGAACACAUCGGCAGCCCAGAGGAUUAUCACAGAUCUAUCCGCCAUUCCUCCAUCCAAGAAUGAAAAACGUCAAGAUGA